AUGUCGGGCCACGCCCGCCAGAGUUUUCGCGCAAACCCACUCACACCGUUCAGCGGUAUACCCGGGGUGGUCAAGAACUUGCGGUCGCGCGUGGACAUCAGCGUUGCGCAUGAAUUGGAACGCAUCAAGAACAGCUCCUUCCGGCUCACGGACAACGAGAUCGCGCAGAUGGAUGCUGUCCCGCCCGACGUUCCGCGCUCGGCGAGUGCACGCAAGUGGGUGAACGACAACAUCGAGAGGAUCGUCGACAUGAUCCACAGACUCGGUCCGGCCAUAUUGGAACUCGUUGUCGCGACACAACCCUACGCGCCCACGGAGAGAUUGGCAGACACAUUGCCUAUAUCGACGGGGCUCCACCAGGCCGACGUCCUCGGCGGAGGACUCCUCGGGCUCGAGGCCGCCACAGCCGGGCACCGCUCCCACUACUCGCUCUCCCGCCAGCUCGACACCCAGGGCGGCGACAUCGUCCGCCGGCGGAUCGAGGGAAUGCGCGUGCGCUUUCUCGGCGGGACCUUCGCGGUCCGCGUCUACACCUCCCCUCGGAAUCCGACUCGGUGGGCGCGCGUGAUAGGCGUCGAGGUAGCGGACGGCACGACGGAGUCAUGCGACCUCAUCGUCUUCGUGAUCGGGAUCACACCCCGGGACGACGUCGCGCGGGCAGCGGGGCUCGCUGACCGCUUCCUCGGCCUUGACGCACGUGUUGCUCUGCAGGACGGCCUCAUCGCCGCCGUCGGGAGCCUCCCCGCGCUCCGGGUGCUCGUCGUCGGCAUCUUAUGCUACCACGUCGCGGACCCCCCUGGACCGAAGUGCAUGGAGUUCGAGCCGUACGCGGACAGGAUGGGCAAUCCCAGGCACCAGGGUAUGGAAGCGGUGGGGUGA